CGCCGAUGAGUCGCGUCGCUCCUAACGCAACCGAGUAUGCAAUGUCCUUUACAUGUUUCCGUAGUUAUUAUGCGAUGUACAUCUUUCACAUUUUCAGUUAUGAACGAUUUAUUUGCUGCUUGGAGGAAAACCGUGUAAAAAGUGUACAUAUUUAACCAGCAGAGAUGAGUGACAUCCGGCGUGCAUUGCUGCGGCGCGAUCCGCUGAGUGCAGCUAAAGAGGUUCUGUAUCACCUGGAUAUCUCAUUGGGUAGCGUGCUGCAGAGCUCCACUGGUCCCACACCUGGACUGGAGAAGGCCACCAUAGAGCUGGUGGAGGAGUUCAUAUUUCACGUCCCUAAAGACAGGAACAUCCAGCCAAAGAGGAUGAGCUGCAUUCAGGAGCUGCAGCUGCUGGAAAUCAUGUGCAGUUAUUUCCAGGAGCAAAGCAAAGACGCCAUCCGACAGAUCAUUUUCUCCGCCCUCUUCAGUCUCCAAGGCAACAAGGCGGAUGAGAGCCGCAUGGCCAUGCUUGGGAAGCUGGUCUCUAUGGCGAUAGCUGUAUGUCGGGUGCCCAUACUAGAAUGUGCAGCUAUCUGGCUACAGCGCACACACUCUGCAUGGUGUGUCCGGUUGGCUCAGGUUUUAAUGGACGAUUACAGCACGCUGGUGCCCAGUGCCAUCUCUACACUUCAGAACAUCUGUUCAGCCAGCCCUCGAUUCUGCUGUCAGCUCAUCACUGCAGUGACAGUCCUAUAUGAUUUCUCCUCAGAUGAUCUGACUCCGCCUCCUGCACUGUUGGAGAUGCUGGUUGGUUGGAUCACGGAAGAUCCCAGACUUUUGCUCCUCACCUUUAUCAACACGCCCCUCAAUUCCAGCCUGCCAUUGGGUUGCCUUGAGAUCACACCUCUUUUGGGACUGCUCAGAUGGUGUGUGAAAGCCCCUUUAGCCAAUCAGAGAGCCCGAAAGCCGGCUUUGACCAACGGCCAUGAAGAAAGUGAAAAAGGGUCGGCGGCGAAUGAAGAGCUGUACUCUAAACUACACCUGAGUGUUCUACAAGUCCUUCUCAUGCUACAGGUCCACCUGACAGACCAGAAUCUGAUUGGGCGGCUUGCCGUGCUGCCUGUCGAGUCUGUUGCCGCACUGGUAGAGGAAGUCGGUCGUCUCUGUGAGAAACUCGCGCCACAACCUGCUGCCAAUCACAUCCAGCUGGCUCUGGAUAGGCUGGCACAAGCCCUUCAGGUCGCCAUGGCAACAGGAGCCCUUCUGUGCGCCAGGGAGGACCUACGGACUUUGUGCUCCAGACUUCCUCACAAUAAUCUGUUACAGCUAGUGAUGUCCGGUCCAGUCGUACAGCCUCCACCUCACGGAGGACCUUUCCAGCCCAACAUGUACCCCCACAUCCAUCCCGGCCGGCCCUCUCCUCACAGCCCACACCAAUCUGCCAUUCCCUCCCCACACAGUCCACACCCGGUCCUGUCACCACACCCAGCACUGUCUUCGCAUCGCCCGCUAACACCUCAUGCCACACACCCCUCUUUAUCUCCACACGCCUUCCAUCCUGCAGCCUUUCCAUACCGGCCCAUUCGCUGAACAGGGCACAAAGACUUCGCGCUUUCUCUUGGCAAGAGAACUUCAUAUUUUGUACGGUUUUCAUCAACGUGAACUACUGCAAGAAUAAUUUUUUUCUUAUUUUUGGAACCUCACUUGGAAAUGUUCAUUAUAAACAGAUAUUCUUUAUAUUCGCUGUGGCGAAAAAAUGGCGCUUGUACAUAUGGGAUAAAAUGAAUUUCAGCUUGAAUGCAGCCAUGUCUUUUAACAAAAUUGUUGUAGAAACCCUGAAAUAUAUUUUUGAAAAAAUGAUUUGUUCUUAUUAGGAUCUGGUUCACAAUUUGAGUAGAAAAGCAGUUUUAGUGCCGUUUUUAGCCCUGAUAGAAAAAUUACUUCGGUUUUAAAUUGAAUGAAGCAGAAAAUACCAGUUUCGUAAAUCUAUCAAAUAAAAAUUGGCAUGUGGUAGAUUGUUAUGGAUUUACAGGAGAAUGAGGAAAAAUGAGAAUAGUACAUUUAUUUUUUCAAAUGUGUUACUAAUAAAAACCUCUUUACAGUUA